AUGGAUCACUCAAUAAAGAAGCGUAAGCGCAGAGACGCUGAGGAGGCCGCCCCUGUCAAGACGAACGGCGCCGACAGGAUUUCGAAGAAGACGAAAAAGACCAAGAAGCCUGUCCCCCAGGAGGAGGAAGACGACGAGGAUGAUUUUGAGGGAUUCGAGGAGGAGCAGGAGGAUCAAGAGGUCGAGAAUGGUAGCGAUGAUAUAGAGGAGGAACAGGCCGAAGCCAAGGAAGACAUCGAAACGAACGGUGCCGAUCUCCCGACCGAUAGUGCUCCCAUACUUCCCAUGGCUGCCGAUGCUCAGUCUUUUGACGAGCUGAAGCUCUCGGAGAAGACGAUGACGGCCAUCAAAGAGAUGGGAUUCACCAAGAUGACCAGCAUUCAGAAGAGUGCCAUUCCCCCCCUCAUGGCUGGCAAGGACGUGCUCGGUGCCGCCAAGACUGGUUCGGGUAAAACGCUGGCGUUUCUGAUUCCCGCCAUCGAGAUUCUCUCGUCGCUGCGCUUCAAGCCCCGCAACGGCACCGGCGUCAUCGUUGUGUCGCCGACGCGCGAGCUGGCGCUGCAGAUCUUUGGCGUCGCGCGCGAGCUCAUGAAGCACCACUCGCAGACGUACGGCAUCGUCAUGGGCGGCGCAAACCGCAAGGCCGAGGCCGAGAAGCUGUCCAAGGGCGUCAACCUGAUCAUCGCCACCCCGGGCCGCCUGCUCGACCACCUGCUCAACACGCCGUUCGUCUUCAAGAACCUCAAGUCGCUCAUCAUCGACGAGGCCGACCGCAUUCUCGAAGUCGGUUUCGAGGAUGAGAUUCGCCAGAUUGUCAAGGUGCUGGCCAACGACGACCGCCAGACCAUGCUCUUCUCCGCCACGCAGACGACAAAGGUCGAGGACCUCGCCCGGAUAUCGUUGCGGCCCGGCCCGCUCUACAUCAACGUCGACGAGGAGAAGCAGUUUAGCACCGUGGACGGCCUGGAGCAGGGCUACCUGCUGUGCGAUGCGGACAAGCGCUUCAUUCUCCUGUUUUCGUUUUUGCGCCACAUGCACCAGAAGAAGAAGAAGGUCAUUGUCUUUUUCAGCAGCUGCAACUCGGUCAAGUACUACGCUGAGCUGCUCAACUAUAUCGACUGCCCCGUGCUGGACCUGCACGGCAAGCAAAAACAGCAAAAGCGCACAAAUACAUUUUUCGAAUUCAGCAAUGCUGCUCACGGUAUUCUGAUCUGCACGGAUGUCGCUGCCCGUGGCCUCGAUAUUCCCGCCGUCGACUUCAUCGUCCAGUUCGAUCCUCCUGACAACACCCGCGACUACAUCCACCGCGUCGGCCGCACCGCCCGCGGCGCCGGCAACACCGGCCGCAGCCUGCUCUUCCUGCAGCCGAGCGAGGUGGGCUUCCUGUCGCACCUCAAGGCAGCGCGCGUGCCCGUCGUCGAGUUCGAGUUCCCCUCCAAGAAGAUUGUCAACGUGCAGUCGCAGCUCGAGCGGCUGAUUGGCAAAAACUACUACCUGCAGCAGAGCGCCAAGGACGCCUUCAAGUCGUACCUGCACGCGUACGCCAGCCACAGCCUGCGCUCCGUCUACGACGUCAACAAGCUCGACCUGGCCAAGGUCGCCAAGGGUUUCGGCUUCUCCACGCCGCCGCGCGUCGACAUUACGCUGGGCGGCUCCAUGAGCAGAGAGCGGGUGCAGGGCCGGCGAACAUAUGGCAGCCAGCCCACUCAAAAGUUUAACGGCAAAAGGCGCUAA